AGAUGCAAAGACGCAGUGAGAGAGAGAGAGAGAGAGAGGAAGGGAAAGGAGAGGACAGACUUUCUGAUCUAUCACUUUGACUUCUCCUCUGUGCCACUACCCACCACCACGCCACAGAGAAUCCGAAAGACACCACAAAAUUCACUCGUUCUAGUAAAAACACCAUUAUAGCGCUGAUUCACAGUUCAGAUGCCACGGGAGAUGUCAAUCCGGAAUCGAUCAGCUGUGGGCCGGUUCCCCAACGUCACCCUGGGCCUGGUUGAAGAUGCAGAGCCAGAUGAGGAGGAGCUGAUCGGAAAGCAGGAGGGUGACUGUAACUGCCGAGCCUGGCUCCGCAGGUUGUGCUGCUACUGCUACCGAGAGGACAAGCCCAGCACGGGGUCCAGCGGCACGGGGACCAGUAGCACAAGGUCAGGUGGCACAGGGACUAACAUCACGGGGACCGGUGGCACAGGGACCAGCGGCACAGGGACUGGCGGCACGGGGACCGGAGGCAUGGGGUCCAGCGGCACGGUGUCCAGCGGCACGGGAACUGGUGGCACAGGGACCGGCGGUACGGGGUCCAGCGGCACAGGAAGUGGUGGCAUGGGGACCGGUGGCACAGGAAGUGGCGGCAUGGGGAUCGGAGGAACGGGGUCCAGCAGCACGGGGGACGUCAUCACUGAUAUCAGGGACAAGCUGGAGCAGCCUGAGACAGGGGCCAUAAGCACGAUGCAUGGUAAUCGCUCGGCAUCACAACCAACUUUGACUGUGAAGUCAGUGGACCUGAUGAAAAGCAAGACCGGCCAGAACCGGAAGGAGCACUACACCAACUGCUACCAAGGCAACAAUCUCAUCAUCCGGCGAGGGCAGAUCUUCCAAAUGUGGAUCAAGCUCUCACGCGCUUUCAAUACCAGUACAGACAAGCUUCAUCUGGAACUAAAAUUAGGAUCCCUGCCUCAGAUGUCCAAAAAUACACACAUCAUUAUUCCCCUGGUGGAGGAGCUACAAGACAACCAGUGGGAGGCCAAAAUCAUGGAACAGAAAGGCCAGAAGAUCAGGCUGUCUGUCAAUUCACCGCCUACUGCUCUGAUUGGUCAAUACCAACUCACUGUGGCGACACAAAGUCCAGAGGGCAUGGCCCUUUCAACAUACGACCCUGGCAAUGACAUCUAUAUGCUAUUCAACCCCUGGUGUGAAGGUGACACAGUCUACAUGGAAGAUGAAAAUGAGAAGAAGGAAUACGUCCUGAAUGAUGUAGGCAGACUAUACUUUGGCACCGAGUACCAGAUGGACUCUCGAACAUGGAACUUUGGCCAGUUCAAUGAGGGAAUUCUACAAGCCUGUCUGUUUCUGCUGGACAAGAGUAAGAUGCCCAUUUCUGGUCGCGGAGAUGCUGUCAAUGUGGUACGAGUUGUAUCUGCCAUGGUUAACUCGAUUGAUGAUGACGGUGUCCUGGAAGGGAAUUGGUCUGGCAACUAUGAGGGCGGGACUGCCCCUACAGCCUGGACUGGGAGUGUGGAAAUCCUGAAGAAGUAUUACACCGAGAAAGGGAAGCCGGUCAAAUUCGGCCAGUGCUGGGUCUUCUCAGCAGUCACCACGACAGUGCUAAGGUGUCUGGGCAUCCCCACCCGCAGCGUGACCAACUUCAACUCCGCCCACGACACAGAUGUCUCUUUGACGAUAGACGUCUAUUUAGAUGAAAACCUGAAGCCCAUCGAGGAACUCAACACCGACUCUGUGUGGAACUUUCACGUGUGGAAUGAUUGCUGGAUGGCACGGCCCGACCUGCCCCAGGGGAUGGGGGGCUGGCAAGCUGUAGAUGCCACCCCUCAGGAGACCAGCCAGGGUACCUUCUGCUGUGGUCCUGCCGCCAUCACUGCCGUCCGCUUAGGCGAAGUCUACAUCAAGUACGACGCACCCUUUGUCUUUGCUGAGGUCAACAGCGACAAGGUCUACUGGCAGAGGAGCGCCAACGGCACCUUCAAUGUGGUCCACAUUGAGGAGAAUGUGAUUGGACGCUGCAUCCUGACGAAGGCCGUGGGCUCUGAUGAGUCCAAUGAUAUCACGCUCCUCUACAAAUUCCCACAAGGCUCAGACGAACAGCGCAUCGCAGUCGAGACUGCCUGCCACUACGGUUCCAAGCCACAGGUGUAUUCCGCCCCCCUCACCAAAGACGUGACCCUGGAGGUUAAGGUGAAUGGAGAAGGCCCACAUAUGGGCUCCGAUGCCCAGCUGACCAUCGCGUUGGGCAACAAGAGUGCCGAGCCGAGAAAUACCACCCUCUACAUCCAGGCGAUGGUCAUGUACUACACCGGGGUGCUUAAGGGCACAGUGAAGAAGGACAGCAUUCCUGUACAGCUGAAGGCCAAUGAAGAGAAAACCCUGAAUUGGGUACUGAAGUACCAGGACUACCAAGGCCAACUGGUGGACCAUGCUGCAUUGAUGCUGAUGCUCUCAGGCCGGGUUGUUGAGACCAAACAAAUUUUGGCAACACAGUACAACUUUAGGCUCCAGACACCGGACCUCAGCAUAACACCUGUAGGUGAUGCUGUGGUGGGCAAAGAGAUGGCCGCAAAGAUCGUCUUCACCAACCCGCUACAACAUGCACUGAAGAAUGUGACGGUACACGUGGAGGGUCUGGGACUCAUGAGCAUGCGGCAAAGAACUAUAGGUGAAAUAGGCAGCCAUGCCACACUCACCCUGACGGAGCGCUUCGUGCCCAGAGAGCACGGACCCAAGAAACUGCUGGCUUCCCUUGAUUGCAAACAGCUCACUCAGGUCCACGGGGUGGCAGAUAUCGACGUGAAGGAUCCCCCAGCUGGUGCGGCACAGUAAAACUGCACUGACUGUUCCUGUCAUUAUAACGUUACUUCUGUUUAUUGGAUACAGUAACACUAUUUGUGACAUAGCAUUAUUGAGACAGCCAGGUUCAGAACAGCCAAUCGUGUCCAGCAUUGUAAUAUUAGCUACUGCACACCAGCUAUGUGUAUACAACUAUCAGAUACCGGACAGCGGCCUGUGGCAGACAACUGGCAGCAAAAAUAGUUAUAUCAAAUAAUAAUAAAAUAAUAGCACUUAUGAUGUCGCUCUGUUUUUUGUCCUGCUCUGUGUUGCACCAUGGUCCUUGAGGAAUGUUAUCUCAUUUCUCUAUAUACUGUGUGUAUGGCUGAAAUGACAAUAAAACCUACUUGACUUGACUUAUUGCUUUAUUUAUCUGGCAGUUAAUUUACCAUUUGUAUAACUAACUGUAUUUCUUUGCUUUGUUAUUAGAAAAUGCUGGUAUGCAAAUCAAGUUCGGUAUGAGUUUUGGAUGCCUGGUUGGUUGCUUUUAUGCUUAGUUAUCAAUGGAGUUUGUAAUAAUGUAUUAUUGUUUUUUGUUAUGUAUGUAUUUGCUUUUAAAUCCAGUCUGGCUAGGACAAUGCAGUGCAUAAAUGUUUAGUCUUUAAAUAUUUAUAUUGCAUUUUUAGUCCAAACUCAAAUGCACUUAAAAACCUCACUUUUUAGAUAUUUGACUGCGUUAAUUAUUUGGAUGGGAUCCUGCCGAACAUGGCACUCCCGGUGUCCAUUGAUAGAUAUGAAAAACACCCAAAGAUUUUACCCAUGUCUAGUCAUGCCUCGCAAUGAUGUAGAUCUGGGUAGGGCUGGAAGGGACAUGUCAACAUCUUGCUAGCAAAACCUGACUGAUGAUGAUGACUUGGGCACAUGGAAUGACACAUGACCCAAGGACAUGAUCACAGACCCACCUGUUGGUAUGUGAUGCAUCUAUGAGCUGUGCGUGCCUUUCAGUCAAGGUUUACAUACCACACUAGGUCUAGCCGGUUAGAUAUUUCAUAUAUCCAAACCAACAUAUACGUUUCACAAUUUGUUACAUGAAUUUGCAUAUGCUAAUUAAGGUCAAUAGCUUUGGCUUAAUAAUACCAUGUGACACCCCUGUCUACAGGCUUUGCUAUCUUCUAGCGUGAAACAUGCCAGAUAGUAGCAGAAAGCCCUUAAUGCACAGCAGCCUUUCAGGACCAUGAUUCCUGAAACAAGCCAACUGUGUUUAUGUAAUAGAAGGGAUCUUCUGGUCAGUGACAACAAUGGAGGAAUUCUGUUUGAUUUACACGUGUAGUCUUAUUUAAUUAAGUAAUAGUGCCUCACGAGUGCUUAUAUAUAACCCUGUGUAUGUCAUUAUAAAUUGCCAUUGUAUUGUCGUUGUUGUAGUUACUACAAUGUAGUAGUUAUGGUUAAGACUUGUUUCCCGCUUGUGGUGUGUAUGUUUGCCCAUGUCCUGUGUGCACCCUGUCUGUUCCUCGCGUGUAUUUAGCUUGUGUAAAUCUCCCACCGUGUUUGUAUCUUACAGUUUUCCGUCUGACCAUCUUGUGUUUCUACUGUUGUAUUUGGGUUCGAUGCUCAUUGGGUGCCUGUUGUAAUCCUUUUAACAACAGUAA